AUGCCUGGCUUGUUGAUGAAGGCAGAGGAGGAGCACUCGACCACGCCGGCGGAUCUUCGCCUGGCUGGAAGCAAUGACGCGAUCUACACUAUCGACGAACUAAUCAAGCGACGAGCAUCAGAAUACGAAGAUUCCCCCCUGCUUUGCUUUCCAAAAGAAAGCCUUACCGACUAUGAAGAGCAUUCAGCACGAGCAAUUGAUAGGUUUGUCGACGCAGCAGUCGGUGCGUUACAGCAGAGAGGGCUAGAACCAGCGGAUUCGUUGCUUGCUCAAGCGCCAACCAUUGCAAUACUAGCUUCUUCAUCUCUACAAUUUAUCAUUACUCUUCUUGGGUUGAACAGGUUAGGAUAUGCCGCCCUUCUUCUAUCACCGCGGCUCGCAAGUCCAGCAAUACUGUCAUUGCUGGAACAAGCCGAAUGCGACACUAUCCUGACAACCCCGCAAUUCUACGAUGCUUUGGGGGAAGUGCGCAGCGAAAAGAACAUCACGAUUCUCGAGAUGCUCGAACACCACGAUUACUAUGGGGUGGAUGCACCGGUGUUCCAUCGCGCAUAUGACCCAGAACGCGAAAACCCCAAAAGAGCUGUUAUAAUCCAUUCAUCAGGAUCCACAGGCUUACCAAAGCCCAUUUAUCUCACUCACCGAAGCUGCAUCGCGACAUUCGCACUGAACUUGGAUCGAAAAGCUCUGAUGACGCAGCCGCUAUUCCAUAGCUUUGGUUUUUAUGAGACAUUUCGAUCAAUCUACUCCGGAAAGCCCAUGUACUACGUCAAUUACAACUACCCAAUCACCAAGCAGAAUCUGCUGGCCACAAUCGAGCACGUAAAGCCAGAUCUCCUGUUUUGCGUACCCUACGUUUUGAAACUCCUCGCAGAUUCAGAUCAAGGGCUCAAAGCUCUAGCCGACAUUGAUCUGAUCAUGUACGGAGGUAGUGCUUGUCCGGACGACCUGGGCGACAAACUGGUGAGGUACGGCGUUAAUGUAUGCGCGAACUACGGCGCGACCGAGACCGGACGAGUGAUGACAUCUGUCCGACCACCAGGUGACGAUGCUUGGGACUAUCUUCGCAUAUUGCCUCAAGUACAACAGUAUCUCUUGAUGGACGAGAUCGCUCCGAGCAUAUUUGAGUGCGUCGCACUCGAUGGCCUCAAGUCGAAGAGUACUAUCAACUCAGACGACCCGCCUGAUUCUUUCCGCACCCGAGAUCUCUUCGUAAAGCAUCCUACGAAGCCCAACCACUGGAAGUACGUCUCACGUUUGGAUGACCGCUUAACAUUGGUCAACGGGGAGAAAGUGCUCCCGAUUCCGAUCGAGGGCCGGAUACGUCAAGAAGCGUUUGUUCAGGAAGCCGUCGUUUUUGGAGACGGCAAGACAUUUCCAGGCAUCUUGGUUAUUAAGGCCGAUACGGCGGCUGACAUGAAUGACAAAGAGUUCCUGCAGCACAUCUGGCCCGCUGUUGAGGAUGCAAACUCUCGUGCGGAAAGCUUCUCUCGUAUCCCGCGGGAUCUUGUUGUCGUGCUGCCAUCUGGAACAAAGUAUGCUGCGACAGAUAAGAGCACGUUUAUUCGCGCCCAAGUUUACGAGCAGUUCAAGCAACAGAUUGAAGAAUCAUACGAGAAGUUUGAAAACGACAUUGGCGGAUUCGUGGCACUGCCACUUCCAGAGCUCGAAGCGUAUUUGUUCCGACGAUUCCGCGAAGAGCUCGGCGUGGAACUAGCCUCUCCAGAAUCAGACUUCUUCGCUUCCAGUAUCGAUAGUCUGCAGUGUCUGCGAAUGUGGAGCUUGAUCAAGAAGGAGAUCGACCUUGGUGGCAAGCAAGCCGAGGUAGGACAGAACUUGCUGUAUGAGACUGGGAACAUUGCUGCUCUUGCUCGCUACCUUCAUGGGCUGCGCACUGGUGAGACGGAAGAUAUGCAAGAUCACGAACAGAUCAUGAAUGAUUUGAUAUCAAAGCACUCGACUUUCGCACCUGCGACACGGCCAGCCCACGCAAAACACGUUGUCGCUUUGACCGGUGUCACCGGAGGACUGGGUGCUCACUUGCUCGCUCAACUUGUCGAGAAUUCCCAAGUCUCCGAGGUGUGGGCUCUCGUCCGAGCCUCUUCCGACCUAGUUGCACUAGAGCGAACUCUGAAGAGCCUCUCUGCGCGAGGUCUUAGUCCCACAAAAGAGCAGCUGCAAAAAGUCGUUGCUGUUCCAUCCAAUCUCAGCAAGUCAGACUUUGGCUUAGGGACAAACAGGCUUGACGAACUUCGUUCGAAGCUCACUCUAGUCAUCCACAGCGCCUGGGCGGUAAACUUCAAUAUCUCCGUGCAGAGUUUCGAGAAAGAGCACAUCGUUGCUGUACAAAACUUUAUCAAUUUCUGCCAGACCACCUCACACGGAGACAAAGCGCGCUUCUUCUUCUGCUCGUCUGUCUCAUCCGCUGCUGGAACUCCACGACCAGGAACAGUGCCAGAAGGCCCUGUCGCGGAAAUCUCGCACGUCCAGAAAACGGGCUACGCGCGCUCAAAAUACGUCGCUGAGCAUAUCAUUCUCAACGCCGCGAAGCAAGUAAAUGCUGACGCUAGAGUGUUGCGGAUAGGCCAACUAGUCGGCGACUCAAAAGUCGGGCAAUGGAACACGACCGAGGGCAUACCGCUCAUGAUCCAAACAGCGGUCACGCUGGGCGCGCUUCCAGCCCUUGACGAGGAGAUGUCCUGGCUCCCCGUCGAUCACGCCGCCCGCAUUAUCCUGGACUGCUGCGACGUCGCCACACCCUCUUCAGAUUUAGAUACUCCAAGCGUCAUGGAAACUUCUCCCCUUGAUCUCGUCUACCACGUGCUCAACCCCACUCGCUUCCACUGGACGCGCGACAUGCUUCCUGCUCUGGCCGCUGCUGGCUUCAAAUUCGAAACCCUUCCCACAGACCAGUGGAUGGACAGGCUGCGCAAUUCCGAUCGUGAUCCGAAGAAGAAUCCACCCAUCAAGCUUCUCGAUUGGUUCGAGAGUAAGUACGGGCAUGGCGCGAAUACGAAGAACGAAGGCCCAUUGGUAUAUCACACGGAGAAGACGAGUGCGAAGAGUGAGAGCAUGAGGGGUAUUCCGAGUGUGACAGAUGUACAGUACGUAAGGAAGGUUAUCGAAAGGCUGCAGGAGGAGUGGAGAGCGUAG